GACCCUCACGGCAGAGACGCCUCAGGCACUCUGGCGCGAGGGCGGUGCACGCCGUGCGUGGGCGUGUCCGAACAGGCCUCACUCCCCGCCUCCUCGCAACUGGAUAGGUCGCCCCCAGGAUCCGCUCCAGCGCGUGGGCCCCGUGCCCUAGGCGGGUAGCGCAGAGCGCGGGAGCCGGCGGCCGGGCUGGCCGGUAGACCCUCGGGCCGCUGCCGCAACCGCUACAGUCACAGCGUCCGCCAGGGGUUCGCGCGCCGCUGACGCGCAGAGAUGAAAUUCCCGGGCUCGGUGCUGGCGUCCGUGUUCCUGUUCGUGGCUGAGACGAUGGCGGCGCUAUACCUGAGCAGUACCUACCGCUCGGGCGGGGAUGGCAUGUGGCAGUCCCUGACGCUGCUUUUCUCGCUGCUGCCCUGCGCGCUAGUGCAGCUCACACUCCUCUUCGUGCACCGCGACUUCAGCCGUGACCGGCCGCUAGUGCUGCUGCUGCACCUGCUGCAGCUCGGGCCCCUCUUCAGGUGUUUUGAAGUCUUAUGCAUCUAUUGUCAGUCAGGCCACAUUGAAGAGCCUUAUGUCAGCAUCACCAAGAAGCGACAGAUGCCAAAAAAUGGCUUCUCAGAGGAGAUUGAGAAGGAAGUGGGCCAAGCAGAGGGCAAAAUGUUCACCCAUCGAUCUGCAUUCAGUCGGGCAUCGGUGAUCCAGGCUUUCCUGGGCUCAGCCCCUCAGCUGACCCUGCAGCUAUAUAUAAGCACCUUACAACAGAAAAUCACUUCCGGAAGAUGUGUUUGCAUGUUGCUGUCCUUGUUGUCCAUUGUGUAUGGAGCCUUGCGCUGCAACAUCCUAGCCAUCAAGAUCAAGUAUGAUGAAUACGAUGUCAAAGUGAAGCCUCUGGCCUAUGUCUGCAUCUUCCUCUGGAGGAGCUUUGAGAUUGCUACUCGAGUCAUUGUCCUCGUCCUCUUUACCUCCGUCCUGAAGGCCUGGGUGGUGCUCGUCAUAUUCAUCAACUUCUUUAGCUUCUUCUUGUACCCCUGGAUCCUCUUCUGGUGCAGUGGCUCCCCAUUCCCUGAGAACAUUGAGAAGGCCCUCAGUCGAGUGGGCACCACCAUCGUCCUGUGUUUCCUCACCUUCCUUUAUGCCGGUAUCAACAUGUUCUGCUGGUCAGCUGUGCAGCUAAAAAUCAACAGCCCCGACCUCAUCAGCAAGUCCCAGAACUGGUACCGGCUACUGGUAUACUACAUACUGAGAUUCAUUGAGAAUGCCUUUCUUCUCCUUAUGUGGUAUAUAUUCAAGACUGACAUCUAUAUGUAUGUGUGUGCACCUCUGUUGAUUUUGAAGUUGCUCAUUGGGUACUGCACAGCCAUUCUAUUCAUGCUGAUAUUCUAUCAGUUCUUCCACCCUUGCAAAAAGCUCUUUUCCUCCAGUGUUUCUGAAAGUUUUCAGCGGUGGUUAAAGUGCGUUUGCUGUCAGUGCCCGUGGCAGAAAUCCUCAACAUCUGUAGGAAAGACAGAUGUAAGGUCAUCUGGAGACAGAGAUGAGACACCUUCUAGCAGUAAAAUAAGUUCUAUGCCCAGCCAGAUCUUGAAUGCUGAUGAGCUCUGCUCUGCUUAAUGGAACUUGAGUCUCUUGGGGCAGAAACUGUUUUCUGAGUUCAUUGCUGCUCACGAUACAAGUGAUGAGUCCUGCACAGGUAACAAAGCAGGAAGCUAGUUUCAACUCCUUGGGAGUUGCUUCCCUUUAGAGAGCUCUUGGGUGUGUGGGAACAUGGAGAGAAGCCAGGGAAACAUCUGAGUGUUAGAGGAGCAGUUUAAGUCACCACCAUUCACAAUUGACCGUGUUCUCCCAGGUGUUACUGGCCUUUCCACUGACAAAGUACCCAUGAUAUCUGACUUGAGCUGGUUAGAUCUAUCAGGUAGAAUGAGGACAGUGGCUUUCUUGUUUUCUAGUUUUCUGGAUUUCUGAUCUGAGUAGACUAAUAUUGUAUUAUCCCUAAGCAUAGUUUUCACCCAAGAGCUGGCCUGGUGAUCAGAGAAGUUUACUGGAGUUUUGCCAUUGGCAACAUCACUACUGUCAGAGCUUUCAGAGAGAGCUGUUCAAGUUUGGUUUUUGAAUAGGGAGGUGUUCCAUUUUCAUCUCAUUAGGGCUCUCUUUAUAUAAUCAACUGUAGGCAUCUUGGCUUACUGUAUGUAGUAGAUUUAAAAGUCUAGAUUUGGAGACUUUGUACCCAAAGAUGCAGGGAUACAAAAUUGAAUUCUAAAUUUGGUUAUGGGAGCCCUACAAUUUUAGGAAAGUUGUGUGUUCCUUCAGUAUGUUGAAGAAGUUCUGGAACAAGAGGAUCGUUAAAAAAAUCAAAAUCAUGUAGGCUUUUGUAAGCAGAAUUCUUAAGUUCUUUGGAAGGUUGAAAAUGUGAAGCUUACACUUUUUCAAGGUUCAGUCCUGUCCUGCAGUUCUGGAAAAUUUCUAGUACAAUUUGCUAAGAUUUACCUUCUUAAUAAAGAAGAAAAUAAAACCCGUAGUGUUUACUGUGCUUCAUCCUUGCCUGUUAGGAAAGUUGCAGAUAAUAGUUACUUUGGUUAAGUUAAAAAAAAAGUUACUUUGGUUAACUUAAGUUUUUUUCUAGAAAACUCCACAGAAAUAUUUCACCUAGUGUGGGUAUAAAAGACAUUUCAUUUUUUAUUAGUUGAAGGAAAAAGGUUUAUCUUCUCCCACCAAGUGAGAUAUUGCCCUCAGAAACUUUUAAAUUAUAGAAAGUGAUUAAAUGACUAGAAGAUACUUGUCUUUAACUGAAUGCAUUUUGAUUUGGUUUGACUAUGAGUUAAUUUAUACAAGAUCUCCAAUUUUAUUCUUCUAUAUCCUUCUAUCUUCAGUAUACUUUCUGAACCCUAUUUGUUUCAUAAAAGGAUUGCAUAGCAUAUCCUCAAUAGUCUUGGAAAAAUGCCUGGAUUUAGUGCCAUUAUUUCUACCAUAAGCAUCUUGAUAAUGAAAUACCUAGAAGCAGGUGACCUGUCACCAACUAGGCUGGACAUUGCAUGUCAGUCGGUGUUGAAAGUCUAAAUACUUGGCUGAACUUUCUGGCCCAUCCAGUUUCUAACAGCUAGUCUAUGAGAGGACAGGUUAAAAAUGGUGAGUUUGAGCAGUAGUAGUAGUCAGAAUUAGACAGGAAUGGAAAGAGUGGUACUUCCCAGCCUUGGUUUGGAAGCCUGUUUCAAGAACCAUUAUAAAAUCUGAGUAUUAAAAUACACUUUAAAUUAUUUUAAUGUAGAAAAUAGGUAAGCAUUUUGAGUGACCUCAUAUCAGACUAACAUUGAUGACCUGUCAGAUUCCUAAAGCCCAAUUAUAAGCCAGUUACAUAAGGGCAAAGAGAUUUGGUAACUAAAUUGGACAUUUUGUCAUCUUUAACCCUUGAUCUACAGAUACCUUUGCUUUGGGGCCAUGUGUGUCCAUUCACUCUGGAAGAGACAAAACACUGCUUUUUUUCUGCGUGGUGAAAAUUUAAGUCAUGGUUCAUUAAGAAUUUUUAUUUUAAAAAUUUUAAAAUUAUAUCUCUGAAAUAGUAAAACUAUAGUACAGACUGCAGAUCUAGGUUGCCCUAAAGACAAACAAACCAGCAAAUUCCCUUACAUGUUGAGAGUUAAAAUGUGGCUUUCAGUUAGAAUUUUAAUUUUUAAAACUCUUAGAACUUUGUCUAAUUAAUUAUAUGCCAUAACGUGUCAUAACACCUGCUCUAAUUGAAUUAUUACCUUGGCUCAAUGGAAGUCAAAUAUUUUCUUAAAAUAUAUUGAAAUAAGAUCAUCAGACAUGUUUAGACUUUCUCUCUUCAUUAUUGGAGGCAGUGUACUAUAGAGAUUGGCAUCUCCCUGUCAAGCCCUACAAGUUAGUUAACAGCCAUAUGCCUCAGUUUCCCCACCCACCAAAUUUGGAUGAUAUAUAUAUAUAUGUACUUGCCUACCUCACAAGGUUGUCAGGAAGAUCAAAUUAAAUUAUAGUGUGAAAAUGCUUUGAAAAUAUUUUUCAAGUGCCAUAUGUGUUGAAGAAGUUAUUAUAGUUAGUUAUUCAAAUUGAUAAACAGGUUAUUAUUACUAUUUUACUGUUAGAAAAGAAACAAGUAGGAUCAUCCACAUAAGUGUCUUGAGUAAAUACAUUGGCCUUUGGCCUUAUGGAAGGGCAAAUGUAAGUUGUCUUUACUCUUGGAGAAAACUCAACCUUUGCCCUUCUCUUAACGUUACUUGCUUACAAAAAUUUGCACUGAAACACACAGCUCUUGGAGGGAAAAGACCCACUGCAGUCUGAGAACUUGCUUUCGAUGGCAGAUGAGUUUAUAAUUUUUGUAUCUAUCAUCUUUCAUAAAGGACAUAGCAGCAUGUUUUGGUCAUUUACAACUCAAAUGCCUAAGAUCCUGCUAGACUUUUACUGAAUGUGGGUUUAAUCUUUUCAGCCUUGUAAAUGAGAAAACAAACAAAUUGAUUGUCACGUGAAGCAUUUUUUUGAAAACCACCUUGGAAAUUACUGCUAUGUUUAUGAGUGUAUGUGUCAGUACUUCUCAACCAGUAAAUUGUGGAUGUGAGUUUUUGCAGGCUGCUGUUCUACAGCCAUUGAUGCUAGUAUUGUUUGUUUCUUUAUAUAAUAAAUUAAUUUUUGAAAUA